AGCCCGUUCCGGUUUAGAAAACAGGUUGUAGAGUGUUUGUGUGGAAUCUGUCGUAGUGUCCUAAUGGCUGUAAAUCCACCCAAAAUCAAAGUGUUGCUUAGCGACCACGACAGACUACAGAAACUGAAAAAAGCAUUUAUUGGAAAAUAUGAAGAAAGUCCUCUGUUUUAUGCAUGCGCUCCUGGCAGAGUGAAUUUAAUAGGAGAACACAUUGACUACUGCGGUUAUGCCGUCCUUCCUAUGGCUAUCGAGCAGAAUAUCCUUGCUGCUGUGUCCGUGAACACAUCUCCGAUAAUCCAACUGGCCAACACUGACCCCAAAUACAGUGACUUCACAAUAUCUGUUGCUGAAAUCACCAUAGACCCAGAGAAUCCUCAAUGGUAUUAUUACUUCCUUUGUGGAGUCAAAGGUGUUCAGGAACAGCUGAGCUUGUCUCCUCUGGCUGGGAUUCGGUGUGUUGUGGAUGGAACAAUUCCAGCUAGUUCAGGCCUGUCUAGCUCCAGUGCUCUCGUGUGCUGUGCUGGCCUGGUCACAAUGGAAGCCAACCAAAAACCUGCCUCCAAAGUAUUGUUGGCUGAGACAUGUGCCAAGUGUGAACGCUAUAUUGGAACUGAAGGAGGAGGAAUGGAUCAGUCCAUAUCUUUCCUUGCUGAAGAGGGAACUGCAAAGCUGAUCGAGUUCAAUCCCCUGAGGAGCACAGAUGUAAAGCUCCCAGAUGGUGCUGUUUUUGUGAUCGCGAACAGUUGUGUGGAGAUGAACAAGGCAGCCACGUCACACUUCAAUAUUAGAGUGGUGGAAUGCCGCAUUGCUACGAAGAUACUGGCUAAGGUAAGAGGCCUGGAGUGGAGUUGCCUGCAGAAGCUGGGAGAACUGCAGACACAGCUGGGCUCGAGUCUGGACAAGAUGCUAGAUUUGGUGGAGGAAGUCCUUCACUCUGAGCCCUACAGCAGAGAAGAAAUUUGCAAGAUUCUGGGAAUCACCACUCAGCAGUUUUGUGACAAUAUCCUUAGUGCUAACACGCAGCAUGUGACCCACUUCAGGCUGUACCAGCGGGCCAGGCAUGUGUACAGCGAAGCAGCACGUGUGCUGCAGUUCAAGGCUGUGUGUGAUUCUGCACCUGCUGAUGCUGUUCUGCAGCUUGGUGAGCUGAUGAACCAAAGCCAUGUUAGCUGCAGAGACUUGUAUGAGUGUAGCUGCUCAGAGCUGGACCAGCUGGUGGACAUUUGUAGGGAGGCAGGUGCAGUGGGUUCCAGGUUAACAGGCGCUGGAUGGGGAGGCUGUACUGUUUCCAUGGUACCCGCUGAAAGGACGGAUUCUUUUCUCCGGACAGUGAAAGAGCGCUACUACAUGCCUGAUGCUCGACGAGCAGCUCUGGUAAAGCAGAGCCUUUUUGUAACAAGGCCAGGAGGAGGAGCAGCUAUUUUUACAGAAGAAUAAAAACUAAGGGAGAUUUUAUAUACAGGGUUUGUUUUUUUUUCCCCUUGUCAUGACACAUCUGCUGAUUUUUAUUGCUUUCAAUCUUUGCCAUUUAAAGGGUUUAUUUCUUCAGAUUGUAGGUUUGAUUUCAAAAUAAUUUUAGAUAAUUUGCUCAAAUUACAUGUUGAUUAAAAAGAUUAUGGAAGAUUGCUGUGUUAACUGAUGUGUAGUUUCUGCCUGAGCAAGGAACAUAAGCUGUUGGAUGGUACCGUAGCCAUGGAACCAUAACUAACUAGCUAGCUCUCUCAAAAUAUCACUUUCAACAGUAAUAUUCUAUGUACUGUAUGCAUUCUGUGCUCACACGGAAGUUAAUAAACCCUAAACAGAUCACAGAGAUGCACAGUUGUUGAAUGGACAUUUUAUGCGUCAUAUAAAAAGUAAAAUGAAUUGUAUAAAAUCCAUGCAUAUAAAUAAAAAUGAUAAACAAU